ACAACCCGUCGGCUCAGCACGUACCGGAAGCGCAGCCCCAAAAGGCAGCGCGACGACGAUGCACGAUCGGACCGCAGCUGAAAGAAGCAGCGGUGAAAGCUAGGAAUCGGAAUUUCGCCUCCAGCAAGGCACGAGGAAUUCCACGCAGCCACCGUGGAUUCCUCCCGUGCUGCCUCUUCCAAGCCCCCCCGCCCCCCAUCGCUAGGUACGUAGCCUCGACAAUUCCUUCCUCUCCACCGAUGCAAUGCCAUCUUCUCUCGUCACCGGCCCUCUCCAUCGGCGUACGCAUCUCCCGCUCCAGUCUUGUCGCAGGCGUCACCUGGACGUAGCUAGGUACCAGACAGAGAUCCACCGCAUAUAUAUCGAUCGACCUGGCGCGAGCUGGCUUGCAGCUGCAGCAGGUUAGUUAGUUAGCCAGCGGUCGAUCAGGUAAGUGUGCGAGCUUGCAUUGCUAGCUACAGGCGAAUAGGUCGACGGAUAAGUUGAUCAGUGCGGUGCGGUGCUUGCUUGGGUUUUGAUUGAUUCAUGCACGCGGCGACGAUGCCAGCCGUGACCCACGACGACCUGUCCCUCCGCAAGGCGCAGGAGCGCCGCGCGGCGCGCUCUAGCGGUCAGGUCGCCGUCUCCCUUGUCGCGCUCUCCGUGCUCUGCGGCGUCGUCGCUUUCAUCCUCUGCCUCGCCGCCGAGGGCUCGCGCUCCGAGGUGUCCCACUACCUGAUGACCGCGGGCGGGAGCGCGGACCAGGUGGACGUCUGCUUCUACAGCAGCAGCGGCCGCGCGCCGCUCGCCUACGCCGUCGGCGCGUCCCUCCUGCUCGCUGUCGCCAUGUUCGCCGAGCACGCCUACAUGCUGGUCGCCGUGGCGGUCCCGGAUUCCGCGUCCGUCGGCCUCGCCGUCGCACAGGACCACCCGCGCGUUGCCUCCACCACCGCCACGCUCACCUGGCAGACCGGCUGCCUCUUCUUCCUCACAUGGAUUUGCUUCGGGCUCGCGGAGGUUCUGCUCAUGAUCGGGAUCGGGGUGGAGUCCGGGCACGUCAACGACUGGCGGAGGCCGCGGCCCGUGUGCCACCGGGUGCGCCCGGGGAUGUUCGCGGCCGCAGGGAUCCUAGGGCUCAUCACCGUCGUCGUCGGCUUCGUCGUGUACGUCGCCGUCGUGCAGGCGCAGCGGCUGCGCGGCCAGUACCACGGCGGCGCUCACUUCGUUGGCCACGGCCCCACGCACCCGGGCGUCCCGCAUCAGCACCUGCAGCCACCGCUACCGCACCCACACCCGCACUCGCCUCCUCAUCCGGUGCCAUCCGCGCCAGGCCCGCCGGGGAUCACAGCGGCGGCGUGCCAGGUGCAACCCAGCCGUGCUUCGCUCAUCACCAAGGAGCUCACCGACGUGUGAGUGAGACGCUUGAAGAUCACACACGAGAGUAGAAACAGGAGCACACCACAACGGCCACAUUAUUUGCCUUCAUAUUGAGUUUCUUCGUUCCUUUAUAAGAUUAAGCAAUGAGAUUAUUUCUCAUUUGUCAUUCACCUUGAGUUUCUUAGUUCCUUUGUAAGAUUAAGCAAUGAGAUCAUUUUUCAUGUCUGUAUACGUCAACCAAAUUGUUGUGAAGAGGGAAUACAUGUGCUUUGAAAUGUAUAUGGACA